AUGGAUCUGCAAAAUGUGCAAAAUCAAAGCAUGCGUUUGGUUCUCUCCACUGAUGCCAAGCCUAGGCUGAAAUGGACUCCUGAGCUUCACCAACGGUUCACUGAGGCUAUUAAUCAACUAGGAGGUGCAGAAAAGGCAACUCCAAAGAGCCUUAUGAGAGUGAUGGGGAUUCCAGGACUCACUUUGUACCACCUCAAGAGCCAUUUACAGAAAUAUAGGCUUGGGAAAAGCCAAUCGCUAGAAACCUGCUCUGACAACAAGCAACAAGGUUGCAGUGAAAUCCAAAGAACUGAUAGUCAUUGCAGCAAGGCAACCAGUACUGGGACCCAGAAUCAGAUGAAUGAAAGCUUGGAGAUAGCUGAGGCUCUUCAAAUGCAAAUGGAAGUACAGAGGAAACUUUAUGAACAAAUUGAGGUCCAAAGACAUUUGCAGCUUCGAAUUGAGGCUCAAGGGAAGUACUUACGAUCAGUACUAUCAAAGGCACAUGAAACACUUGCAAGAUACAAUUCUUCCACAACGGGCAUAGAACUUGCAAAAUCUGAACUUUCUCAGUUAGUGUCAAUAAUUAACAAUGCCUGUCCGAACUCUCCCAUUUCAGAACUGACAGAAACAAGAGGGCUCAGUUUGAACUGUGGAGAGAGGAAACAAGACAGAGGAACCAUGUGCUCACUUGAAAGUUCUUUGACAUCAUCUGAAAGCUCUGGGAGAACAGAAGAAGGACAACCACUGGAUGAGGCAGAGAAGCCUCAAAAGACUACUGUUAUUUCAGUUGAAUUGCCAUCGCUGGAGAUUCACUCAGAAGGUACAACAUUCAAGGGAGAUACAAAUGAAGGCAGAAAGAGAAGUGCAGCAACUGAUUCUAAUGGUUGCUGUGAUGAUCAACCUUCUGGAAAAAGAUGUGGCAACAAGCUGAGGAAAUGUGAACUGUCAGAAAUGCUUGACUUGAACAGCCAAUAUCAGAGAGACAUUGACUCAAGUGUGAAAGAAAUAGAUUUAAAUUGCAGUUCAAGCUUUUGGGAACAAUAA